CCCUCUCAAUCUUAAUCGGCAAACUGGAGGAUAAUCAAAACUUCCUUUCACCACCACUCCCAUGGCCUUCUCUCUGUGGCACCACCACUUUUUCAGCCGUGGACGGUGUCUAUUCCCCGCCAUCACCGUUGCCUCUAUCUUUCUUCUCUUAUUCUUUUUCCUCUCGAGUCUCGCUCCUUCUCCUAAUGAUAGUAAUCGUCUCUUCAUUCUUCCCCGUCGUCGUGAUUCCUCGGGAGAUGAUGAUGAUGCUAAUGCGAUUGAUGAAGAUUCUCAAUUGCAUAUUCCGGCCAGAGGAGGAGUAUAUGAUAGGGAAAUGUGGAGUUCCAGAAAUUCCAAGUCCUUUUUUGGAUGCAGUAAUGCUAGUAACAAAUUUCGAAAAGCACAGGAAAUCACUCAUCCAAAUCGUUACUUGUCGAUUGUAACAAGUGGAGGUCUUAACCAACAAAGAACCGGGAUAACGGAUGUUGUUGUUGCUGCUCGCAUUUUAAAUGCUACUCUUGUUGUGCCAAAGCUGGACAAGAGUUCUUUUUGGAAAGACUCUAGCGGCUUCUCUGAUAUUUUUGAUGUUGAUUGGUUUAUAAAAUAUCUAGCAAAAGAUGUUUCAGUUGUAAAGGAACUCCCACUCAGAAGAGGGCAGAUCUGGACACCUUAUAGAAUGCGAGUUCCUAGAAAGUGCAGCGGCCGUUGCUAUAUAAAUCGUGUAUUGCCUGUACUUAACAAGAAACAUGCUGUACAGAUCACCAAGUUUGAUUAUCGACUUGCAAAUAGUCUGGAUACAGAUUUGCAAAAGCUUAGAUGUAGAGUUAAUUAUCAUGCAUUGAAGUUUGCUGACCCUAUACUGAGAAUGGGUGAGAAAUUGGUCCAGCGGAUGAGGAUUAGGAGCAAGCAUUUUAUUGCUCUUCACCUAAGGUUUGAACCCGAUAUGCUUGCAUUCUCAGGAUGCUAUUACGGUGGGGGUGAUAAGGAGAGGAGUGAAUUGGGGAAGAUACGGAAGAAGUGGAAAACUUUACAUGAAAGUCACCCAGAUAAGGCAAGGAGACAUGGAAGAUGCCUUCUGACUCCUGAGGAAGUCGGCUUGAUUCUGAGAUCACUUGGAUAUGGCGAAGAUGUUCAUAUAUACGUAGCAUCUGGUGAAAUAUAUGGAGGGGAAGAGACAUUGUCUCCAUUGAAGGCCCUCUUUCCAAACUUCUAUACAAAGGACACCCUUGCCAGCAAGGAUGAGUUAGAACCAUUUUCUGCAUUUUCAUCUAGAAUGGCUACUCUUGAUUUCAUAGUUUGUGAUGAAAGUGAUGUAUUUGUCACCAACAACCAUGGAAACAUGGCGAAAAUUUUAGCAGGGCGAAGGAGAUAUUUUGGUCAUAAACCCACCAUUCGCCCAAACGGUAGGAAACUGUAUCGAUUGUUCUUAAACAGAAAUUACAUGUCACACAAGGAAUUUGUAUAUAGAGUCAAUAAAUAUCAGAAAGGCUUCAUGGGGGAGCCAAAGGAGAUCGGUCCAAGCUGGGGUGUGUUUCAUGAAAAUCCAUCUCCAUGCAUAUGUGAGAAAGUAGAUAACUCUACUGGAGGAGAGAUUUUGCAUAGUACUUCUCGACUCGAAACUUCCUCCAGGCUAACAAGUACUGACUAUGACGCUGACACACCUGAGGAUCCUGAGGUGGAUGUCUUGCUCUCAGAUUGAGAAAGUACCAAUGAGUGUUUUUCUUGUACAUACACCAUUGUUCCGAUGAUAUUAAUUGAGCCUUGAUCAUAUCUUCGACAAGUGCAAUUUUGAAAUAUAAUUUUGCCGGUAGCUUGGUUUUGCUUCUGAAGCCUUGGCACCAAAGGACUGUGUUGGCGUUUUCGUUGUCAUUGAGAAUUUUGCUUCAGUAAUUUUGGUAUUCAGUUGAUUGAAAAAGAAAGUCAAAGUUUCAAGAUUCAAGAUUAGGUGAGCGUUCAGUGUACUAAGGUAUAAGAUUGAUCUUUUAUCAGGUGUUCUAACUGUUAGUAUCCUGAUGACCUUGGAUUCACAAUGAUUAGGAUCUGAAGAAACUAUAACCAGUGAUGAACUAAUACUUUGGCCUACAGAGAAGCUCCAUCUAUCAUUUGUUUCGGCUAACUGGAAUUUUCUUGCAAAACUAUCACAGUUCAUACAGAGAGAAAAGAUCAUUGAUGAUUGUUAAAAGUCAAUUGUCUUAGAGAUCUAGAAUUUUAAUUGAAGGGUUCAACGUUUAGUUUCUUACGAUAGAGCCUAUUGCACUUUCGAAAUUAUGGAUUCAGCUUCUAAUAUUUUUAGCAUUUUGACGAUUUUUCACACACUCAUAUACACACACUCUCUGUCUAAAACUUUGGG